GUGUGCAAUUAUAGAAGUAAAUGCAUAAAUGAAGAGCUUAACACUGAGGGGACUUGGCUACAUACUUGUUUUGUUUUUUGUUUUGUUUGUAGGCUAGGCUAGCCUUGGAACUCCCAACACCAGUCCUCUUGCUGGGGAAAUUGUCUUCGUAAAUUUGACAAGCGACUUAGGAAACUUUUCCAUUUUCAAAGCCAAAUCCUUUACAAGUUGUGUUGUUGAUGAUUUAUAGAGUGUGUAGUGGAACGUUAUAAAAUUCAGGUAGUACAAAACAGUGAAAUGUAAGUCAUCCUCCCACUGUCACUGUUUCCCAAGUCCUGAAUCACAGCAGAUUAAUAUGCAUAGCGAGGGAGAGAGAGAGAGAUCAAAACUAUAGGGAGUGUUUAAAUUUUAAAAAUUUUUACAGAAAAAGACACAUUAUCAUCAAUCCUCAAAAUACUCCCCCUUGCUUCAAAACACACUUCUCCCAUUGAACUUGGCAAUGUGUCUUUUACUGCACUUUAAAAAAAAUAAUUUAAGCAUUUUCCUUACAUCUCUGUCCUUUAUUUAGCAAGAGGAGCAUGUUAUACACAAAAUACUACAACUGCUUCUUUACAUUUUUUUUUUUUUUUUUACCCCUAGUACUGGACAAUGAAUCCAGGGCCUUCACACGGAGCUACAUGGUCUUGCUAAAUCAGUAAACCUAGGCUGGGCUGAAUUUGUGGUCUUCCUGCUUCAGUCUUCCUUUGGAUUGCAAGGAUGUGCCACUCUACCUGAUCCUUGGUUCUUUACUGAUAAGCUCUUUUUGUUGUUUUAUUUGUUAUUUACUGAUAAAGAUCUUAAACUGUUCUUGUUCUUUUGCAAUUAUAAAAGGCAUCUUGCAGUGAGUAGCCCUUUUUGUGCAUUUUGUGUGGAGGUGGUGGAAUUGAAAUUGCUAAGGCAAAGUAUGUACAGUAUUUACAUCCUUGCAAAGAGAAUAUUGCUGUGUGCAGCCAACAAUGUAAAGUGUUUUUUCAACCUCCUCAUGAAUAGAGUGAUAAAUAUCUUUUUUUCUUCUUUUCUUGUCACUUUGCUGGAAUGCUACCUUGUUUCCAGUGCUUGGACCCUGAACGUGCCGCAGGAAUGCUCUACCAAUGAGCUUUAUCCCCGUUCUGGUUACUUUAAUUUGCCUCUUACUUACUAUAACAUUAUCUUUUAACAUUUAAAGUAAAUUUUUUUCUUUUUCGUAUCUUAGUUGCCUUGUCAUGUUCCUCUUGUGGUUUCAUAUUUAUUUAGUUUUGUGAUACUAGAAAUUGAACCAAGUACUUUCACAGUUACUCUCAGUCCUUUUUAUUUUAAUUUAAUGUUAUUUAUUUAUUUUGAUACAGGUCUUGCUGUGUAGUGCAGGUUGGCUUUGAACUCACGUAGGUAGCCUAGGGUGGCCUCGAAUUCACAGUGGUGUUUUUGCCUCAGCCUCCUAAGUACUGGCAUUACAGGCAUGUACCACCAUGUCUGUUUUUUAUAUUUAGAGACAGAGUCUCUUAAAUUGCCCAGGCUGGGAUGGAACUUGUCAUCUUUCUGCCUCAGCCUCCAAAACUGCAGUUUACUGGCCAAUGCUGCCAUAUCCUACUCCUUUCUGUUUUUUCUAAUGGAUUUGUUUCUUUUGUUGGUGCUCUGAAGUGGGUUUGUUAAAACUCUUAAGAUAUGAGCACUUCUAAAUGAAAAAGAGAGAGAAAAAAAAAUCCUCAUUGGUCUAGGGAUUUAGCUCAGCGGCAUAAGCACCUGCCUUGCAAGCAGGCAGUCGUGAGUUCGAUCCCUGGCACCGAUAAAAACGAAAAAGACAAAAAAAAAAAAAAAAAGAUAUGCGCACUUAGGCAUUUGAAUUUCAAAUUUUUGCUCUUUUAAAAAUAAUAACAGGGUGGGGAUAUAGUUCAGCAGCACAGCAUAAGGUCCUGGCAAGCACAAGAUCCUGAGUUCAAGUCUCUUGAUACUAAAAUAAUAACAACAGCUAUAGCUGGCCAUGGUACACGCCUGUAUUCCAAGUAAGUAUUUGAGGAUUCCCACAAGGUUGAGGCCAGCCUGCACUCCAAAGCAAGACCCUGUCUCAAAAAAAUAACAGUUUUUUUUUCUCUUGUACUGGGGAUCGAACUCACGACCGCGUGCUUGCAAGGCAGACACUUAUGCCGCUGAGCUAAAUCCCUAGCCCCAAAAGUAACAGCUUUAUUAUUCUUCAAUUAGCAUAAAACAUCUUUUUAAAACAUGUUCCUAUUUAGAGAUUUUAGUACAUCCACAUUGUAUAACCUUUGAUUACCCUUAAAUAAUCUUACAAGUAGUAGUCAUUACCAAGUCCCUGUGCCCUCCACUGGCAGCUACUACUCUACUUUCUGUGUAUAUUCCUAUUCUGGAUAUUUUAUUUAAAUGGAAUCACUCAACCUGUAGCCUUUUGUGUGUAGCAUAUUGCAGGAGGCUCAAUAAGCAUGAGGAGUGUUAACAUUAUUCUUUAGGAGUUUGCAAAUAAAACUACAAGAAGAUACCAUUUUAUACUCACUCUAAUCAUAUAAUCAAAUGGCUAUAAUGAAAAAGGCCGUAAGUCGCCUUCCCCAAGAAGUAGAGUCUAAGGACCCUCUUAAAUUGCUGUGAAAAUUUCUUUCCUUUUUUUUUUUUUUUCCUCUUUUGAGACGGGAUCUCACUUUGCAGUUCAGGCUGGCCUUGAGCUCACUUUGUAGCCCAGGCUGGUCUUGAACUCGCAAUGAUCCUCCCACCUCAGCCUCCCAAGUGCUGGGAUUACAGGCGUGAGCCACCAUGCCCGGCUUGCUGUGGAAAUUUAAAAUGGUAUAGACUCCUUGGAAAAUAGUUUGGCAGUUUCUUAAAAUGUUAAAUGAAGUGGUAAAUAAAUUUGUGCUGUUUUGAACGCUAUACAGUGUUUACAAGUAUUGAUAACACUACACAGUUUCUUACAGUUUGUACAGAUUUGAUUUGGGUUUUGUUGCUAUGUGUUGAGGACUGAAACCAGGAUCUCAUGAUUGCUAAACAGGCUAUCACUAAGCUACACCCCCAGCCCAGUACAAUUUUAUGUAUCGUUUUUUUCAAAAGUUAAAUGUAUGUUUACCCUGGGACCAAAUGCUUCUACUUGCAGAUAACUGCUCAAGAGAAAUGAAUACUUUCGUCCACAUAGAGUUGUAUGUUAAUGUUCUCAAUAGCACUAUUUUUGUUUUUGUUUUCUUUUUGUUCAAGGCCUUCACACUGAGCUAUAUUCCCAGCCCUUUUUACUUAUUUAUAUUUUAUUUUGAGACAGGGUCUUACCAACUUGCCUAGGUUAGGUUCAAACUUUCAGUCCACCUGCUUUAGGAAUACAGGAGUAUACCACCACGCCCAGCAGCACUGUUCAGAAUAGCCAAUGCAUGGGAACAAUUCAAAUGUCUGUUGGCUAGUCAGUGUAUAAAUGAAGUCAAAGUUACCCAUACAGUGAAAUACUGUAUAAAGAAAAGUACUGACACAUGCUGCAGUCUUAAUUUCUACAGAUGUCUUGUAAUAAUACAUAAUGUGCCGCUGUUGGUUAGUAUCUGAGGAAACUGAGUGAGGGGAUCUGAGAAAUCUGUUCUGGCUACAGUUGUUUGUAAAUCUAAAAUCAUUCUACACAAAGUUUUAUUUUGUUUAUUUUUUUAAAGGCAUUAGAAAAAUUGGCAAAAUCCAAAUAAAGUCUGUAGUAGAGUUAAUAGUAUUGUAUCAAAUAGUAUAGUAUUAAACUUUGUGAUGUCGGUCUCAUAGCUGGAUGAAAGGUUUGUAGGGAUUCUAGUAUAUCUGUAGCUUUUCUGUAAAUUUAAAAUAAUUCUAAAAUUAAAAUAAUUUUUAAAAUAUGUACUUGUAAUUUUGAAAGCUACUAUCAUGGUUUAUAUCUUGGUAUUUCCCUAAAGCCCCAGGUGAUCAUAAGCAGGAAGUUUGGGAGGUGAUUGGAUUAUAGGGGCAUUGUAGCUGCCUUGAUUUUAGGAGGUGGGCUCUGUUCAGAAGAGACAGGUCACUGUGGGCAUGAUCUGGAAUAUUUCCAUUCCUGGCUCUUUUCCUUGGCUCUUGUUCCCUGCUGCCAUGCCAUGAAGAAACUGUUCCUUCCCUGUGGCCUUCUGUCAUGCUGUCCUACCUUUGAGCCAGCAGACUAUAGACUAAAAUGUCUACAAACUAUGAACCAAAAUAAACCUCUCUUUCCUUAAAUUGUGGAUAUGGGGUAUUUUGUCCCAGCAAAGAGGAAAGUGACUAAGACAGAUUCUGGUACUGGGAGUGAUGUUAUUACUGUGCUGCUAUCUGACCAUAUAGUUCAGAGGUCUUUAAAACUGGCUCAUAGGAGGAAUUGGAAAGUUUUAAAGAUGCUGGCUAAAUGUUGUAAGCCAAGCUUGAUGAGUGAUUAUGGUCAGAGCUUAGAAGACCUGAAUGCUUGUAGAAAUGCAGAUAAUAAAGUCUAGGCUUGGGAUGUUUCAGUUAGAAACAAGGACUCUAUUGGCUAUUGGACUUUAGGCCAUCUGUGCUAUGUUUUGGCUGAAAAUUUGUCUACAUUUUGCUCUGAGACAAGUGUCCAGAGACUUUGUGGGAGAAUGAGAUAAAGGACAGCAGAUAAUCAAUCUAGCAAAGGAAAUUUCAAGCCAGCCCAACAUUCAUGCUGUCAAGGGCCUUUAGCCCAAAUGACAAAACUAAGUUUCAAGUUUCACUAGAAAGGAAGCGCGUACAAAGUUGGGACCUGUUGGGCUGGGAAUGUACCUUGGUGGUAGAGCUCUUGUCUUGCAUACACAAGGCCCUGAGUUUGAUCCCCAGCUCCACCAAAAAAAAAAAAAAAAAAAAAAAAAGAGUGGGGACCUAUAAAAUUAGACCAGAGAAGAGCUUAGUUGCUGAAAACAUAGUAUUUAGGAAGAAAUCAAGAGGCGGGGGAUAGAGCUCAGUGACAUAAGCACCUGCUUGGUAAGCAUGAGGACAUGAGUUCAAUCCCUGGUACCAAAAAAAAAGACUACUAAGGGGCUCAAUGGCAUAGCUCAAUGGCAUAAGUGUCUGCCUGGCAAGCUCAAGGUCCUGAGUUCGAUAUCCAAAAAAAAAAAAAAAAAAACAAAAAAAACAAAAAGCAAUCAAGGGCCAGAGAUACAGCUCAGCAGCAUAGCAUGAGCCUGGCAAGUGUGAGAUCCUGCGUUCAAUUCCCAGUACCAAAAAAAGAGUCAAAGCCAGUUGUGGUGAUACAUGCCUAUAAUCCCAGCAGUAAGGAGGCUGAGGCAGAAGGAUCACAAGUUUGAGGGCAACCUGGGCUACAUAAGUGGGUUCAAGGCCAGCCUACACUACAUAGUGAGACCCUGUCUCAAACCCCCCCCCCCCGCCCGCGCAAAAAAGGCACAUACUUCGAGUCAGAACAAUAGGGAGGCUGCCUUGAAGACAUGGAAGAAACCGCAGGCCUUACCCGUUGGCCUGCGGAAGUGAAAGACUUUGCGCUGAAAAGAACCCCAGGACCCCCUUCUUGAGGACUGUCUAGGGAAUUGCUUCCCCAAGAUUUGGUUCAGGCUGCUCAGCCCCCUAGGCACUCAGUUGUCUCUGCAUGUAUGAGGCAAAAGGACCUGGUUACUGUUGGUGUGGCAGCACCUUGGUGUGUCAUCCACAUGGUGCUGGUUUUAUGAGCAUGCAGAAUAUAAUGGGGUUACAGAAGUUUCUCCCCAGAUUUCAGAAACUGUGGAAAUGAAACCAAAAAUACAGUGGAGAUCCAGGGACACUGGGAAAGUGAGAAGCUGGAAUGUCUGAGGAAAGCUACAAGGAUUGAGCAAAGGCAGCCUCUCACCAGCAAUGCUAUAGGAACUAUAGGGCUUGGGCUACCUAAGCAUUUUAGAGGAUUUUGUGUUUUUGUUUUUUUUUCUUUUUCAUAGGGUUGAACUCUGUAUAGUACUUUAGGCCGGCUUGAACUCUGUAGAGCCCAGACUAGCCUUGAACUCAUGGUGAUCCUCCUGAGUGCUGGGAAUACAGGUGUGUACCACCAUGCCCAGCUGCCUUUUGGAGUAUAUAUCACCACGUUUUGUACCAGGUGCUAGACAUGGAGCUACAAGAUUUUAUUUUUUAUUUUUGUCUUUUUCCUUUUUAUGGGUACCAGGGAUCGAACUCAGGACUGCCUGCUUGCAAGGCAGGUGCUUAUGCCACUGAGCUAAAUCCCCAGCCCGGAGCUACAAGAUUUAAUCUUACUGAAUUUGACCUUGCUAUGAUCCCAUUCCUUUCUGUUUCCCUUUUUCUCCCUUUUGGAAUGGGGAUACUCAUCCUGUGUCAUUGUGUGUAAGCAAGGUUUGACUUCUUUUUUAUUUUACAGGGGCUCACGGCUAACAGUUCACCUUUAGUCUCAAAGGAGACUUUGGACUUGGACUUUCCAGCGGUGCUGAAGCUGUUAAAGACUGACAACUUAGAGAUGGACUAAAUGCAGUUUGCAUAAUGAGAUGGGCAUGAGCCUUUUGGGGGUCAGGGUGGGGUGUUUUAUGUUUAGAUGUCCCCCAAGAACCUCAUGGAAGGUGACUGGAUUGCGGGAAUGGGAUAGCUGGCUCGCAGUUACACGGUUAGGGCAUGGUUGGAAGAAGUGGGUCACUGGAGGCAUGACUGGGAAGGAUGUUCCUGUCCUAGCACUUCCCUUCAUACGCUGUUAGAGAUGGACUAAAUGCUGUGCUGCUCCACUGCCAUUGCCAUGAGUAGCCUCUGCCAUGCCACGUUGGAGCCAGCUAACUAUGGACUGAAACCUCUACAAACUAUGUCCAAGAUCUCCACUUAAGGUGGUAGAAAUCUUUUGGAACAUUGAACAGGAGCUUUGUCAUUGGCUGGUCAAGAAGGAAGAGGCAGAAUGUCUGCAUUGUUACACCAUAGAGUUCAGACUUUAGAAGACUUGGGUUAGGCAGUAUCAUUUACUCUGCAAAUGAUCAUGCCUUUACCUCUCCUCUGUGAUCAUCACAAAUUAGUGACAUACACUUUAGGUUUUGUGAAUUCAGAUUAUACUGUUUUCCAGAUGCCCUGGCAGCCGGUACAGGGCCUGUGAAAAAUGGAACCAAACUCUCUGCGGACUAAAGUCCCAGCUUUCUUAUCUGAUUUGGGGAAGGCCACUUUGAGGGGAAUCAGAAAAUGUCCCCGAUGUGGUACAUACAAUGGAACCCGGGGACUGAGCUGUAAGAACAAGACCUGUGGGGCCAUUUUCCGCUAUGGUGCAAGAAAGCAGCCUAGUGUUGAAGCUGUCAAGAUCAUCACAGGCUCCGACCUGCAGGUCUACUCAGUUCGGCAGAGAGAUCGCGGCCCUGAUUAUCGAUGCUUUGUGGAGCUAGGUGUUUCAGAGACAACAAUCCAGACCGUGGAUGGGACAAUCAUCACUCAGCUGAGCUCUGGUCGGUGUUAUGUUCCCUCCUGCUUGAAAGCUGCCACGCAAGGUGUUGUGGAAAACCAGUGCCAGCAUAUCAAGCUGGCAGUGAACUGCCAGGCAGAGGCCACCCCUCUGACCCUGAAGAGCUCAGUCCUGAACGCCAUGCAAGCCUCUCCAGAAACCAAACAGACCAUCUGGCAACUGGCCACUGAACCCACAGGUCCUUUGGUACAGAGGAUCACCAAAAACAUUCUGGUGGUGAAAUGCAAGGCAAGCCAGAAGCAUAGUUUGGGGUAUUUGCAUACUUCCUUUGUGCAGAAAAUCAGCACCAAAAGCUUGCCUGAACGGCGCUUCUUCUGCUCCUGCCAGACUGUGAAAUCGCACAAGUCGAGUGCCUGUAAGGAUGAUGCAGCCCAGAGAUGCAUUCAUUUCUUUGCUUGCAUCUGUGCCUUUGCCAGUGAUGAGACUUUGGCUCAGGAAUUCUCAGACUUCCUAAAUUUUGAUUCCAGCGGUCUUAAAGAGAUUAUUGUACCCCAAUUAGGUUGUCAGUCAGAGUCAACUGUGUCAGCUUCUGAGUCUCCUGCCUCUAAGCCAAAAAAGAGGAAAAAGGAUGAAGUAUCUGGUGCACAGAUGAAUAGUUCACUAAUGCCUCAAGAUGCAGUAAGCAGUAAUCUAAGGAAGAGUGGCCCGAAAAAGCCUGUGGUUGCUUCCUCAUUAAAAAGGCAGUCCUGUGGUCAGCUGUUAGAUGAGACACAAGUGACUUUAUCCUUCCAAGAUUGGCUGGCCAGUGUAACUGAGCGAAUCCAUCAAACCAUGCACUAUCAGUUUGAUGGCAAACCGGAGCCACUGGUGUUCCACAUUCCUCAGGCCUUUUUUGAUGCCCUGCAACAGAGAAUAUCCAUAGGAAGUGCAAAAAAACGGCUCCCCAACUCCACCACAGCUUUUAUUCGAAAAGAUGCCUUGCCACUGGGAACAUUUUCCAAGUACACCUGGCAUAUCACUAAUAUCCUGCAAGUUAAACAAAUCUUAGACACCCCAGAGAUGCCCUUGGAAAUUACCCGUAGUUUUAUCCAGAACCGAGAUGGGACUUAUGAACUAUUUAAAUGCCCUAAAGUGGAAGUUGAGAGCAUAGCAGAAACCUACGGCCGCAUAGAAAAGCAACCAGUGCUGCGACCCUUGGAACUAAAAACUUUCCUCAAAGUUGGUCUUGCUGUGUUGUUCAGGCUGGCCUUGAACUCCCAGCCAUCCUCCUGCAUCAGUCUCCUGAAUUCUGAGAUUACAGGCAAUACUUCCCCAGAUCAAAAGGAGCCAACACCUUUCAUCAUUGAGUGGAUCCCAGAUAUCCUUCCUCAAGCCAAGAUUGGUGAGCUGCGGAUCAAAUUUGAGUAUGGUCACCACCGGAACGGGCAUGUGGCAGACUACCAAGACCAGCGGCCCCCCCUGGAGCAGUCAUUGGAGCUGGCCCCUCUGACCACUAUCACUUUCCCUUGAGACAAGAGUAUUUUGCUGCUAAAUUUGCACAUCCUCAACCCUGGCCACUUAAGUAACUAGAUGGACCUAUUCCUUAGUGAACUGUUCUUAGCUAAGAUUCCAUUUCUCAGAGAAUUCGAGUGGAUUUUAUUGAGGAAAAAUUCUUAUAAGUAGUCUUUUCAGUGCUGCUGUAUAUGGUCUUUAUUAUAUAUUGGGCAGUAUUUCUGGCUAGUUUUAAAAGAAGGAAAAAAUCAGCUCACUUUCCUUGUCAUGGACUCAGCUUUAGAGUUUAAAUGUUUCUCUAAUUCUUUCAAAAGUUAGCAGCAUCAGCCUUACAUUAAUAGUGUUGGUUAGAACAGAAUGUAAAGAACCAUCCUUACAGAGUUCUGGCCCUUCUCUUUAUUCUGUUCUCAAAUAAAGCACAGUGUCACUAGUUUUUCCAAA